GAAAGUUAUACGAGUGUAUUAUAAUACAUAUUUAUAAAUAGUUUAUAAAUACGUAAUUUAAAAAAUGCGAUCGCAAUAUACCUGUAAUAUCAACGUCAAAAUGCAAUAAAUACAAUAACACGAUGAAUUAAAACUAAAGCGUGAUUUCGAUGGAUUGCGAUUAUCUCUACUCAAACCGUGUGGAUAUAGAGUUAAUCAGCUUCAACAGGCUGUUUUUUUACUCAAAUUUAAUUUCAGUCCUUCAUGCAUUAACACCUUUGACAAUCUGUCGAAAUACAGGUUUAUCAGUCAUACGCGUGAUGUAGAGUGGUAUCGAUUCUAGCCGCAAAAGAAAAUCUGUUUGUUAUUUGUUUUGUUUUGUAAAAAAAAAAAUGUACUGUACUGAUGCACAAUUUCCAUUAUUCAUUAUUAUUAUGCAAAUAUUUUUCCUCAGCAUAGUUAUUGUUCACAUAUACAGCUUCUAUUUAACGCGUUAAAACAAAAAACCUGAAAAUACUCGAUAAACGUACCAAUAACCAUAUGCGAACGAUUAUUUUGUUUUUAUAUUCAAAUAUAGUAGUUGGCGUUGUGAAAAUGUUUUUUUUUCGAAAACACUAAAAAUACAAAAAAAAGUUAAAGCAGCCGUCGCAAUGUCACAUGAAUAUUUCGAUAAACACAAUCGCAAUCGACUAUAGUGUCGCGGGCAAACAACACACCUUUAUAAUGGUACACAUCCGGACGAUUUUGACGUUAUCCAUUGCGAUUUUGGCCGUCGACAAUGUGCUAGUAGAAGCUGGAAAAGCAACGGAAAACCGGAUAGCUAAUUUGUCCAAACGUGCUGAGGUACAUAAGGAAACGUUAAGAUUACGAAAAGAUGAUUUAGAAAAAAAAUUUGGAUCAAUGACAGACACGGUCAAGGAUCAACUAACCGAAAUUAGUAACAUUAUAAUCGACCAUAUCAUGGAUAAUAAAUCAUUUGCAAAGUAUUUGAAAAAUGUGUUUUCGAUAUUAAGAAAAUACGCAGUGAGACAACUUAAUACAAGAUAUGGAAAACUCAAAAAUAUUUAUAAAAAAUGGGAAAAACAAAAUUUCCCAAACAAGAAAGAGAAAGCUCAAGCUUUAAAAAUACUAGAAAAGCAAGAAAAAGAAAACAAAGCUUUACAAAAAAAGAAUGGAAAGAAGCUACAGAAAAAUAAAUAAAAUAAGUAUCUAUUA